AUGAGAGUCGGUGAGGCCUUGCAGGCUGUCGUGGCAAUGGACGGAGAUCUCAAGAAGGAUUUGAAGAAAGUUAAGGAGGAGAUUAAGAAAGGGAUUAAAGAUGUGAUUGAGGAUUUGAAUGUUUUGAGUUUGGAUACGAAAGUGAAAGAGGAUUUGCAGGCGUUGAGGGGGAAGAUUUUGGGGCUUUCAAGUAAUGUUGGGGAUAGGAGUGAUGAUGAUAGUAAUAUAGUUGGUGAUCAGUUAAAGGAUCUUAAAAACGCCAAAAUGCAACUUGAUGUGCUUACUGAUAAGGAUACCGGUACAAUUCAGAUGGAGACUAAGAAUCUUGAAACCAAUUUCAAGGAGAAAAUCCAAGGGCCGCUUAACACUAAAGUCCAAGAAGUUGGCACGGCGAUUGGGGAGCUUGGCGGGAAGUUUGACAGUAAAGUGACAAGUAUUGAUGGGAUUUUGGGGAAGAUUAAAGGGGAGGUUGGCAAGAUUCAGGGGAAGCCGGGGAGAGAUUCGGGGCUGGAAGGUAUCGUGAAGAAAGUGAAGGAGCUUACUAACGCGUUCGUAAAGGGCAGAGGGAACAAUUCUGGUUUUAAUGGCAGAGUAGGCGGUUGGCUGGAAGGUGUAAUAGGGAAUGGGAAGGGGAGGCCGGGGACCAGAGACCAUAAGCCCGGGUUGCAAGCCGUGACGUCUUGGCUUCAGCAGUCUAAGGAUGCGGUUACAAAGCACAAGUAUAAGGAAAGCGAUUUUACAGAUCAGGUUAAGAACAAGAUUAUGCAACAGACAGAAAUCUCACAUGCCAUUGCCGCAGCUCAGGGGAAGAUUAAGCAAGUAGUAGAUGGGAAAGUUGUCGACAAUCUCAGUGCCAUCGUAAGCGCUUGCGAGGAGUUUGUCAAGGAGCUUGAUAAGAAGAUCACGAAAACGGAAAUAGAGAGAUUUGCUCCUGCGAUAGCCAAGGAGAUUCAGCGUUGGAUGGACGGGCAGGGUCUUCAGAAUUUUACUCAAGAAGCCGAUCUCACUACCGCCGUCAAAUACAUUCUGGUCGCGCUCUGCGCUUCUGUGAGGCAGGUUGGCAAUGAGAUAAAUUCACUAGGUACCGACAAGUUUGGCCAAAUAUUGGACCAAAUUAAACCGAUUGUAGAUGAGCUUAACGAACAGCUAGAAGCGGCUACUAGCAAACCUACCGGCCAAAAUGAAAGCCCCGCCAAGGCCGUGGACAUGAGGUUGGGGGAAGUGAAGAAUGAGGUUAAUAACAAUAUUGUCACCAAGUUUAGAGAAAACGUCAUAAAAGAACUUAAAGAAGCAGUCCGCGGACUUCCCGGCGCCGUUCAGGAGUUCGACCGCCAAGCUCAAACUCAGAUCAAGGCUGCGGCCGAGACGGCGAUCACAAAGGCGGCUGAGGAAAUUAAGACGCAGAGUGGUAAUGAGCUUGACGUCAAGGCAACGGUGGAGACAUUCCACAAAGCUCAUGAUGACAUUAAGAAGACUCUCCAAGGUAAACUUAAUGAGGAAGUUGAGACGCACAUUGGGGAGGAUGAUCCGCCAGCUCCGGCAGGUGAUCCGAAAUUCAAACUUGCCGAAGAACAUUUUAAGACAUACAAUUCGCACGUUGAUCAAAAUAGCGUUAAGGCCUUUGACACCAAUAACCCAGAUGACCUAAAAGGCCAACUUCCCGAGAAGAUCCAGAGCAUUAGCAAGGAGGGUCUGAGAAGUCUCACCGACGUCAUCGAUGCAAGUGGCGGUGCAGACAAGCAGAUCACUCAACAAACCUUCACCGGUCCGUUCGUAGAAAUUACGAAACAGCUUGAAGAGGUCAGGAAGUGGGUUGAUGAGAGGAAUGGCACAGGUUUCACUGGCGAAACAAUCCCAGGCAAAGGUGUCAAAAAUUAUUUGGAACACCUUAAAAACGGACUAAACAAUGGGCCUUUUGCUGAUGGCUAUAGUGGUCUCGAGAAUAUCAAAACGACAAUUCAAAAUCUGCAUAACAAUCAGUUCACUACCCAACCCGCUGCAAUUGGCACGGCCGUCCAAGAAAUUAAGACGGAACUGAAGAAGCUUAGGGAGAAGUUGAAAGGCAAAUAUGGCAGUAAACAAGAUGUCAUCACGGCUUUGACUAUUAUCAAACGCGACGGUCUUAGUAAUGGUGAUUGGCAUAAUGGUAACAAUUUUUGGACACCAAACGGUGAACCUCUCAGUGGUCUUGGGAGAAUUGAGAAUGAGCUUAAAGAGCAGAAUGAUGAAUUGGAUGAGCAAAACAAACAAAUAGGGGACGCCAUGAAAAUAGUCAUACAAGAAAUAAAGGCUGUACUUAGAAAUGUCGGCAUGAAGUUGAAGCAUGACUACAUUACUGAUGACGUCGUAGACCACUUGCAGUGGUUGAAACAUAGGAUAGGGCAGGGUACACCGUAUAAUGGGAAUCUUCAAAAAAUCUAUAAUGCUAUUAGGCACCUUCAUGACAAGCCGUUUAAUACACAUCCCGACGAUAUUCAUAAAGCCAACUCAACAAUUAAAUUGGAACUUACUGCCCUUCAAAACGUGUUGCUAGGCAGUCAAGGUAAAGAAGAUGUCAUCAACACGCUGGACGAUUUGCAGAACGUUGGACUAAGUGGAGAUAUGUGGGAUAAGAAUACACAAGGAAAAGGUAAAAGCCUUAAAAACAUUCAAGAUUAUCUUAACACCCAACAAACUACGCUGUCCUCUCAGCCCACUGCAAUCCGCGGUGGCGUUGACCAAAUCACCGGUGAGCUUACAAAGCUCCAGAAGCAGUUGAGUGAUGACGUCACCAAAAAGUUGGAUGACUUGAAAAACCAUGGCCUUGGCAGCAAACAAAAUUGGGAUAUUGACGAACAUUCUGCAAAAGGCCUCACUACAAUCACCGCAGACAUCGAGGCCAUAAAGUCCAAGGACGUCGACAGUGUUAAGCAUUAUCUUAUCGCCCUGUGCAGCGCUAUUAAGCAUAACGCAAGAGAUCUCAGAGACAUUUUAAAGGAAGUGAAGGAAAUAUUGCUUGACAAACAGUUGAGGAAAUUUUACAGUGACCUUUACGAUUUGUACUUCGGCCCGUUGAACGAUGUCAUUCAAUCACUCAAGGCCUUUGAUAAAUACGUCCUGGCCGCUUCCUUGAUCUGA